AUGACUGCUCUCCUGGUAGCGAUAGACGUCGGGAGCCUUUCCAUGAUACAGUUUCUUGUCCAAAACGGAGCGAGCGUCAACCAGGAAUCAAACAUGGGAUCGCUCAGAGCCCCUUUACAAAGGACCGCGGAAAUUGGCGACUUCCAGUUGGUAAAGUAUUUCCUCGAGCAGAGGACAGUAGUCGACACUGCUCCAGUGUACGGCGGCGGUACAGCAUUACAGUUGGCUGCCAUAAGUAGUUAUGUCGGCAUUGCAGCGCUCCUGAUUGAACGUGGCGCCAACGUAGACUAUCCUCCAGCAAAAGGACCCGGACGAACAGCAUUCGAGGCCGCAGCGGAAUGGCGCCGACCGGACAUGAUGCGCUUUCUUGUGCAACAUGGCGUUCAGUUGGAUCUGGAAUUGGUUGAAGAAGUCGAGGAAGAAAUCGAGACUGAUGAUCCAGGAGAUGUGAGCCUGGGUAUUGAUGUUCAAUUGCACACUGUGCGCAUCAUUUGUACUCGGUAUGAACGCGCAAUACAAUUCGCGCGAGACCGUGGGGAACACGCUUCGAAGAGGAUUGUUCAACGCCUGGGCAGAGAAUUUUGGAGUGACGGGAGCAACGGCUUUCCAAGCAUUCAAGGUCAGGUGCGAUCGAGCCUUCCAAUAGACUGUAACUGCGACAGGUGUACAGGGGGGUCAAACAGCUUGGCGAAAAGUCUUGCUGUGUACUUGAUCGAUACCGAAUGA